AAGGGACGGGCUGACUCGUAUUUCAGCUUCAUGAGUACUAGGGUUGGGUGUAAUCCUAACCCUGAACUCACGGCACAAAUAGUCAACUCUUUUAGUCACACACUGUUGAGGACUCGCCAGGAGCUUGGAGUUCAGGGAAAUCCUCAGCGGUGCGUACUUUGUUUACAACCUGUGUAGUGUCGGACGCUCAGCAGGUGUGUGUUUCCCCCCAUUCUGGUUCUGUCUAGUGCCGAUCAGCUGAUUGGACACCCAGACGGCCGACAACACCUGGAGCUUCUUUUAAUUUCACCGCCUCAUCCUGCUUGGAAUGCUUCUCCCUCAACCACCAGCGGCAACGAAACUCAAAGAAAAGAGGUCAAAAAGAAGAAUUUGUUGACAAGUUAAGACUGCAGAAAAAUUCUCUGCAAAACCCUGGGAGGUGUCAUCAUCUUUGCUACACACCCAGGAGAGGAUGUGUGUUUGGCGGGACGCUUUCACAUGUGAGUGUGUUUAUACCAGCGUAACUUCACCAGGCCAGGAAUAGACCCAGAAGAACCUUUAGACCUCCUGCCGUGGCGACGGUGUGUGUGUCAGCUGCCGGAGAUAAAGGCGUACGACGUCGUAAACAACAAACUUUGCCGUGAUUGGAAAGUUUCUCUGCGUAAUUUGGAAGACCUCUCUCCACCCUGUCAUGCACCACUGAGGAACAUUACAGCCAGCAGUGACUGUGCACAUACGAGUGCAUCUGUGCCGCAGAGGGGCGGUGAUCUUCCCCAAUUGCUGGAUUGCCUAAUUACCACUUUGGGUUUGGGAAUCAUGCCCGGAGUCUUAAAGCACAAAAGAGGAGAAGAAAGGAAAAGGGAUGAUUUAAGUCUGGCUUUUAGGUCGUGACAGAGAUGAACUGAAGGAGAAAGAGGUUGGAAAUUGAGGCUGUCCGGGUCAUGAUGUGGAAAAAGGCAAACUGGACGAUGGCUGAACUUCUCCCUGGAACUAAUUUAAAGCUCAACGUGGAAUCAGAAUAGCAUUUUAGCAUCUGUAUUUGGAUGCCGAAUUGAAUGUUUCACACACAAACUGAAGGAUUUACGUCUGAGGAUUGUUUAUCCAGAUAGUUUACAAGAAGACUUUGAGUUUGUGAGAAUGAGGGGCGACAGGAGAUCCUCCUCGUUCAGAAAGGAGAAGCCGGUGGGUCUUACUCGGGCUCUCAGCUGGCUCAGCGUGUCCACACUUUCCCGCCAGAGCAGGCGCAUCUUCCACAGCCAGAACGAGCUCCACGUCGUUCACAGCAACAGCCAUAGACAUGAGGACGAGGACGACUGGGUGUACCACCCCCAACACAGAAUAGCGGUGUCCAACCUGGAUGAGGAGAGCAAGUGGACGGUUCACUACACGGCUCCGUGGCAUCAGCAGGAGAACGUCUUCCUACCAGGCAGCCGGCCGCCCUGCGUAGAAGACCUCCACCGCCAGGCCAAAGUCAACCUGAAGACCGCCCUGCGAGAAUGUGACAAGCUGAGGAAAGAUGGCUUCCGGAGCUCCCAGUACUACUCUCAGGGUCCCACCUUUUGUGACCCCGUACAGUCUGGCAGCAGCCUGCAGGAGGAUGAGGACGAUGAAACUGACAAGAAGUCCACAGCUUCGUCGGCGGAGGACGACAAAUCCCAGCUCUCCAUGAGGUCCCAGACGCCGCAGGGUGGGGGAGAAGUGGGCGACGUGUCCGACGUUGACGGACAGGUGAUAUGGAACAAGGCCACGCCCCUCCCCACGCCGGAGGAGAAGAUGAGGCAGGCGGCUCAGGCCGUGCCCACAGACAUCGUCGCCAUCAACGUCACAGGGGCAGUGUUUGACCGACAGGCGAGCAUCCGGCGCUCCCUCAUUAACACUGACACCGUGUCCCGCCGGCCCAAGAAGGUCAAACGCAGAAAGACUAUAUCAGGGCUGCCUGACAACAUCAACCAGGAUCUAGGUAUGGAUCUCUGUGAGGCUCUAUGUUGCCCUCUACUGUCCACAGACCUGUACCAACACUCUGGAUCAGCAUCCUUUCUUCUGUCAUUUUCUUCUCGUAACCUUCCUCUCUAUGGAUCUGUGCUCUAAUCAAUCAUAACUACAUAAACCUCUUCAUAUUGAGAGGGCCAGAAUGACUUCACAGCAUUGGAUCAAGGCCCUGCAGCUGUUCUGUCUUUCACUGUUUUGGUUCUGCAUAUCAUGUGUCCUCGUUUGCUCUCCUCCACCCUGUUUAACUGUAUCCACAGACAAGAAUUAGUCGUGAAGUCCAUGUGUAUAGUUUUGUGGCUAUAUUUUUGCGAUUGCUUUUGCUUGUUGGAAAAUUCUGUCACACGAGAGAAGUUCAGGGUUUGUAAUUCUUAACUACAUGUGCUAUAAUCCUCUUGGGUCAACUUUCUGUAGUCCUUUUCCUGUGACUUGUGUGUGUAUUUGUGUGUUGCUUAAUCCUGGGGCCAUAUUGAUAAUCUUAUCCAUGUGUGUCUUACUUAACGAAGUGUAUUGCUUAGGAGACUUCGGGUCCUGAUUGUUCACACCUACAGGGCUGCAGAAAGUGAUUUUUUUCGCCCCAGUUUUUUUUUUUUUCAGAUCAUGACCCUUUAAUCGCCUGAACAGAUGAGGACUACAUGACAAAUAUUGAGAAGGUUCAGAGGUCUCCUAACCUUAGUUAUUCAGUCGAGCCGGGUGUUAAGCGAGCACUAAGCUUACUAAGCUGACACUGACAGCACCGCAUGGCCAAUGUUUAUUUACACGUCACUGAGCUGCAGCAUUUAAGGAGAAUGUCAUUCCUCUGCGCGAUAUGAUCACUAAGUCUGAUAGGAAAAAAGCUUUAAAGUCCGGUUAGUGCCCAGCUGACGACAGCCUCUGAAUGUCAUGAUUACUGGGCUGGGGUAAUUGUCCCGGUGCUUCAUCCCUCCCUCUCUUGUGCACUAGAGCUGCCUGCGAAGUAGACCUGCAGCUUAAUCUAUCGCAGCAGCAGCAGCCAAGCUGUCAGUCCAGCUUUUAGCAAAGGAGGAAGAGAGUGUAUGUGUGGUUCAGAGAUAGCGAGAGGGAAAGGGGGAAGAAAGACCCAAGGACGCAUGAGUGUGUAUGUUUUGGAAUACGAGCAUCAACAGGAGAGCCGCCACAGAUGGGAGACACAUUAGACAUCCUCUCUCGUUUUACAAAUCAUUCUUCAAAUUGUUUGUUUACUAGCCGGUAUGUUCAGUGUGUGUCUUUGUGAUAUCUGCAUUUCUGUGUCCUUUAAUCUGCAUAUAUAUUUUAUGCUCUGUCCUAUGUGACCGUGCGUGACCAUGUCAACACUGUCUCUGCAUGCACAUGUGUUUCUGUGUACGUCUGUGUCCGUGUAUGUGUUUCUGGCUGCUUCAUGCCUCACCAGCUGCCUGUCCUGGACCCCAGGAGACUGUUUCGUUUUUCUAUCAGAAUGUGCCAGAGCCAGAGUACGAGGGAAAGCAUAGUAGGGAGUCUCUUUUCCCUUGUCUCUGUC